AGUCUAUAAGUGAUCGUACAGCUUACACAAUGCUAGAUUAAAUACGUUCUUUAAGUUUAUAAUUAAUUGUUUCAUAAUUUCAAAUAUAAAAUGAAAUCAUCAACUUUCAAUACAAUAUCCUGUGUGUUGGGUGAAUUUAUCGGUACCGCCAUGUUACUCUUUUUGGGUUGCAUGGGCUGCACUGGUCUUAAUAAUAGUCUUCUUCAAAUUGCAUUAAAUUUUGGUUUUGCUGUUAUGCUGAUAAUCCAAUGUUUUGGUUGUGUAUCGGGUGCUCAUCUAAAUCCGGUCAUUACAUUGGGUGCUUAUAUUAUGGACAUAAUAAAUUGGCGCUUGUCUUUGGCCUAUGUUUGUGCUCAAUUGUUGGGCAGUUAUGCGGGUUAUACUCUCUUAAUGUAUUUAGUACCGAAAUCUUUUCUACCGCUCAAUAGUGAGAAUAAUGGUUUUUGUCUUACAAUACCACAUUCGGAAUUUAGCUUUGUACAGUCAUUGGCUGUGGAAUUUAUUAUAACUUCAACAUUGAUAUUGUUUGCCUGCAGUAUUUGGGAUCCUCGUAAUGAAAAAUAUCGUGAGUCAUUGCCGUUGAAGUUUUGUUUGGCCGUCGUUUGUUUAGGAUUAACAGCGAACAGACUCUAAAGUGACGACUGUCUUCACUCUCGGCACCCUGGCCAUAUCCCAUCUUGGUGUAUUGCAAUCCAGGGAUGAUGUGGUGCUACCAAUUCCUCUAAUCUGCCGGGACUAUAAACUGAUGCUUACAUUUCAAUCUCUGGCUAGACCUUGGAUGAUUUGAGUGGUCUAACCAGAGCACCAUAUAAUCUGGUACUACGGGUGAUCAGUUGCCAACAUGACUAUGUCUUAGCGGGUCAGUUGGUUAAAGUUCCUUUGGAAUCAUCGCAGUGGCUGUGGUUACAACCCAUAUUUGAGGAAAGAGUGUAUUUGGUGAAGGACUGAUAUAUGGUGAAAUAUAAUUGUCACGACAAAUUUCUGUUAUUCUUCCUUGAUGCUACGAGCGGUACAAAUUACGGAGCAUGACUGUGGAUUAAUAAAAUGUUGGAUUUGAGCUGAUAAUGCAAAUAUUGGGUUUACGAGGUUAUGUCUUUCUAGUGCUUUCUGAGGUCUACUCUGAUUUAAUAAAGUGGAUGAAGUAGUUUCUGAUUCGAUAGAGCGGAGGAAUUGAUUGAUUUGACGGAUGGAGUGAUGGUGUGCUUAAUUAUGGCUUAGCAAGAAGGGACGGAGUUGGGGUGCAAGCUCAUCACUGCCCUUUCUUUAAUUUAUCAGCGAUUAACCUACAUACCUGAGUGCAUUGGACUUUACUCUAAAACAUGCUCAACCAAUCAUAUUGGGUCUUUGUGACCACUGAA